UAGAAGACAGCGACGCCGCGGUCGGUCGUGGUUCCGAUGGCGCCUGAGGUCACCGUCGACGCCGAGACCGGUAGAGGUCGUCCCCUUUUUGCGGUGGCUGUGUGGGCAGAGUGCACACGAAGAAAGAGUUUAGUUACUAAUCUAAACUGAACAAAACCUUUGUUUGGAGAAUUACCUUCGAACCAUGCUGGCAGCGAUUCGGAGAAUGACGACAGUGGCAGGAGAAACUGCGCGCAUCACCAGAUUCUCUCUUCAUGCUCCAAAACACGUAGAGGUGGAAUUUGGCGAUGGUAGAAUGUUCAAGCUAUCUGCUGAAUUUCUCAGAAUAAAUAGUCCCGCAGUUGAUGGGAAGAUUAGGUCAAUUGGAGGUGAAAAGGUGAUAUCUGGGAGGCGCCACGUAGGAAUCAUGUCUGCAGAACCAGUGGGAAACUAUGGGGUGAGGUUCAAUUUUGAUGACUUGCAUAAGACUGGUAUUUAUUCAUGGGACUACUUUUAUCAUCUGGGGAGUAACAAGUUUACCCUUAUGAGAAAUUACAUUAAAACUUUGAAGAAACAUGGGCUUAGUAGGGAUCCAAGAGGAAGGAAGUGAUGCAGACUUCAGUUUAAUCACCCAAAUAUCAGUUUGAGAUUUGGUGUCAAAUAUCAACAUGGCACUCUGAUAGCUUCAUUUGUUGAAAGUGAAACCUGUAAUGUUGAAGGGUUUGAGUUGAAGGAAUGGUAAAUUAUGGAUACCAAUACUAUUGGAGAAGAGAGGGGAAUACAGGAAGGUUUUGCAUCCUUUCCGAAUUUUUUUUUUUUAUGAGGAAAGGAUAAUAUAAUUGUCUGCCAAGGCAGUUCUGUAUUUUCUAGAGAGCUCUUGAUUCCAUUUUAGAUCUUGUUGUAUUUUAAUUGCUGUACCUUGUUUUUUUUUCUUCUUUACCCACAUUCAUGUAAUAGAAUCUGUAAUCUUUAAAAUUCUUUUGACUUAGCUGCAAAGUGCUCUGAAAAAUAUUGUGGGCUUUAAUGGAAAAAAACCUUUUUUUCCUGGUGUU